CACGGUCACUGCCUCCCCUCAUCUUGACCUUUUUUUUUUUUUUUACUUUUACCAUUUAAGAAAGGGGCGCGCCGAGCAAAGCGAAAAUGAAGAUUGUGGAUAAGUCAUCAACAAGUCCUUUCAACUUUGUCCGCACUUUGUGACUCCCGGAGCCACCUGCGCGCGCAGAAUGACGCGCACUUUUCGUUUUUAGACGCCGAGGUUGUUGACAAAAGUCAGCUCACCUGUUUUGUUUUGGUUCUUGGGCGGCGAUGGGCUCCCUCAUUAGGACCCCGGCCACUCUGCCUGCUUGGAAAACCACUUUUUUACUUUUAAACAUCAUCUCAGCCGCCUGGACCAAAAGGCACUCAGUGUUUUGGAACUCCACCAACAACAGGUUGACAACAGGGGCACUGUCCAUCCAGGUGAGCCUGAACGACUACCUGGACUUCUACUGCCCGCACUAUCCCACCAAGCAGUCCCUGGGCGCCAAGGAGCCAGAGACGCUGGCCCUCUACCUGACCGAGGAGGCGUCUUUCCAGGGCUGCGUGGAGAACAAGGUGGCCAUCAAGCGGUGGGAAUGCAACACCCCCGACGCCCCCUUUGGACCUGUGCGCUUCUCGGAGAAAGUCCAAAGAUUCACCCCCUUCUCUCUGGGGUUUGAGUUUUUGCCAGGACACCACUACUAUUAUAGCUCUCUACCCGCAGAUGAAGGGCCUCCACUGCCGUGUAUGAAGCUGCGUGUCACCGUGUGCUGCGAGAGCGCAUCCACGGGCUCCAAGCAAAAACAAGCGACCGGGCCCUUCAAUCGCGUUUGCCCGUCGAGGACGCCGUCGCUUCCCUUCCUCCUCCUCGCCCUCCUGCUGACCACCUGACCGGCGAGACGACGCUCAGAUUAAAAAAGAAGAAAAGGACAGCGAGAAACGAUCCACGCGGCCCCGAUGCGUGCCAAGAUCGUGCCGACGGCGCCUCGCGCGCAAACGCCCAACGGGCGUAUGGCACAUCGCCUUCACUCAGGGUCAAGCAAGAGAAUCCAUCACAUCAGGAUCAUUGAUAUCACUAAUCAUCGCAUAGUAUCAUACUCGACACUUCAUUUUUGUACAGUCAACAAAAACACGAUAUCAUCCCCACUGACUUUUGAUAUCGAUACUAUGGAUAUUUGUAUCGCCCAGCCCUCUUUUACAGAACUAGUAACCCCCACUAGGUUACCCACUACACUACUUGUACACUGUUACUGGUAGUGGGUAUUGUCCAGCAUCAAUACAGCUGCGCCCCCUGCUGGGAUCUAACUGGUUCUACUGGUUUGGCCCCUCCAAUAGGUCUUUUGUAUUAAUAAUAAUGAUGAUGAUAAUAAUAUGCUUUGUCCUCUCUGGUCAGACCCCCCUCUGUGCUGCCCGCCAGGGGGGAUUGUGGGUAAGCCGAACAGUCAUCUAUUGUCUUCACUGUGUUAGUUAACAAGCGCUGCCAAAAUAUGCUUAAUAGUGUUUCAUUGUUUUAGUAACAACUUUCCCUUUGAAAUGUGGCUUCUCACACUACUUGUGUUUAUACAUCCAUAUAAACACAAACAGGUGCAUCUCAGGAAAUGAGAAUAUGGAGCAAAGGUCAUUUGAAUUCAGACUAUGAGGCCAACCAAAGUUUUUGCAGGUUUUUUUUUUUAGCAGGAUUUAUAUCAUUCAACUUUUUUUUGUAAAUCAUUUUUUCAUGUAAAAAAAACACAUUAUUUUUUUUAACAAUAAAGCUUUGUUUUUGCAAAAAUAAAGAGUUCACCAGACAAUUUUAGGUUUGCACCAACUGAAGUUUCAUAGAAUUAGAUAAAUAAAAUCCAAAUAUGAAAUAAGUAGCAGGCAACUUUUCAUUCAAUAGCAUGAAGUGCAGCAUCUCUUAACCAGCACUGCAAUGAGGAAAAAAAUACAUUUAAAAAAUGAUAUUGCGGUGAAUUUUUUUUAUAUAUUUUCUAAAAUAACUAACUUAUGCUGUAAAAAUCUGUACAAAAAACAUUAUAAUCCAUCUAAGUAAAGUUUUUAAAAACAUGGAUUAUCUAAACUAUUGAGUGGUACUGUAUAUAUAAAUCCUAGCUGUAUUAAAUUAAUUUCGACAAUCUAGUCCAGGGGUGUCUCAGGGGCCACAUGGAGGAAAAUCUGUGAUGAUUAAAAUCAUGGCAUUAAAAGUAAAAAAAUAAAGACAACUUCAGAUUGUUUUCUUUGUCUUACUUUGGCCAAAAAUAGAACAAACACAUUCUAAAAAUAUUACAAUAAAAAUAUAGAAAAAAACUACCGGCAGCGGUAAAGUUUAGAUCAUUGGUCCCCAAACUACGGCCUGCGGGGCGGAUCCGGCCCCUCAGCAUCCAAAAUCCGGCCCACAGGAAGACCCAAGUAAUUUUAUUUUAUUUUUUAUUUUAUUUUUUUUUAAUCUUUCCGUUCUAAUCCAUUUUCUAUCGCUUGUUACUCUUGGUGUCUCUGGCAAAUCUAAAAAUGAAUUUCCCCAUCGAUAACGUGACAAUGUUAAAUGUUGAUGAAUAUCAAUGUUAAUUGAAGUUAAAUGUCAAAACGGAUUAUAAAGACAAUAUAUAUAUAUAUAU